AAUGCAUUAUAUUUGUCUGGCUCCCUCUCUCUUUCUUCUCUUUCUGUCUAUCAAUUGAAUUGAAUUAAUUACCCGUAAUCAUUCUCCAUUUCUAAACCCCCCCAACCCCACCAAAACCAGGAAGCCCACCACCACCACCACCACCAUCAACCUUUCCAUCCACUUCUCGCUGCAUGCGCCCCUCCUCUUCUGCCUUCUCUCCACUUCCCCCUUGUCUAUACAUAUUCGCAUAGGCAGAACUACGUGUUUCUUGGACACUGAAAUAUAUUGAAGUUCUCCAAUUGGUCACUGCAUUUUGGCUGAGCUGCAAGGAGUUUGCAAAUUUUGAAUUUCAUAUCGAGUAAUACAUCUUCAUUCAAGCUCUUAGAUCAAGACCCUCCAGAUUUUCUUUCUGCCCAAGAGUAGAGUUGAAUCGGACCCUUGAACCAGUGAAUAGCUUGACGGUCCAAAGUGAACAGAUCUAGCAAUAACGUAGCUUGUAGCAUUCCGUUUUUGAAGCUGAAGCUAUGUCUUUCAUUGGGACCCAACAAAAAUGCAAGGCCUGUGUGAAGACUGUGUAUCCUGUGGAGCUUUUGUCUGCUGAUGGAGUUAGCUAUCACAAAUCUUGCUUCAAAUGCUCCCAUUGCAAGGGCACCCUCAAGCUGAGUAAUUACUCUUCGAUGGAAGGUGUUUUGUAUUGCAAGCCUCACUAUGAGCAGCUCUUCAAGGAGACUGGCAGUUUCAACAAGAGCUUUCAAUCUCCUGCAAAGUCAGCUGAGAAGUUAACUCCGGAGCUGACGAGAUCACCUAGCAAAGCUGCUGGCAUGUUUUCUGGGACACAAGACAAGUGUGCCACUUGUGGCAAAACUGCGUACCCCUUGGAAAAGGUUACAGUGGAGAACCAAAGCUAUCACAAGUCAUGUUUCAAGUGUUCUCAUGGUGGGUGUUCUCUGUCUCCCUCAAAUUAUGCUGCACUGGAUGGUAUUUUGUACUGCAAACCUCAUUUCUCGCAGCUUUUCAAGGAGAAAGGCAGCUACAACCAUUUAAUUAAGUCUGCAUCAAUCAAGCGGCCAGCUACAGCUGUUCCAGAUGCUUAGCACAUUUUCCCUCUCUUGGAUACUAUCUAUCUAUGUGGGAUUGCUUGCCCCGGGUGUGUUACAACUUUACAUUUUCCUUUCUGUUUGAUUGCAGUCAAUGAAAUGAAUUAAUUGUAAACCAGCCCACAGGGCCAUUUUAGUAUUCCUCAUUAUUGUUGAUCUGUGGGAUGUAAUAUUCUCACAUCCCUAGAUUUUAUUUUGGGCAGGUUUUACUCAGUUUGCCUUAAUUCCUGUUGGAAUUGCUGUGGCUUGUUAUUUAACGAACCCAACUGAACAACUUUCUUCUUCUUUAAAUGCUUGUCUGCUUCUAAGUUCUAA